AUGCCAGAUACACCAGGCCAAAAAGGAGCCCAAGGACACGCGCCGAAUCCGACAGAAAUAAGAGUGUUCAGCACCGGGAAAUCACUAAGGAUAGAGCCAUUUAAGAUUCCAGAAAAUCCCCUGGAAGUUGGACAAGCAUGGAGAGAAUGGAUUGAAGACUUUAAGAACGAAACAUUGUAUUUCGAGAUCACAGAAAUAAAAGACUGCAUGAGCGCCCUAAAGAUUUAUGGCGGCAAAGAAAUCAAGAAACUCGCACGUACCUUGCCAGAUACAGCGCCAAUGAUCGGGGACGAUGACUACAAGAAGCUGAAAAGGAAACUAGACAACCACUUCCUGCCGAAAAAGAACAAGUAUCACGGAAGAUUCACGUUUAGCAAGCAAAGACCCAUCGAAGGAGAGAGUGUUAUCACAUACGCGGCGCAACUACGCGAAAAAUCAAAGGAUUGCGAGUUCAGCGAGAAAACAGACAACAGAAUCCUGGAACACUUGAUACAAACUGUCAAGGACAGUGAACUCAUUAAAAGAAGCAUUCAGAAGAAAUGGAACCUUGAUCAAUUCCUUGAAGAAGCAAGCCAAAGAGAAGAUAUCAAUCAGCAAGUCAAAGACAUGAAAGAAGAUUUCAAGAUAUCGAAAGUCGAGUAUCAGUCAAAGGAUUUUCCGAAAAGCGGCAAGUGGGGAGGAAGAAGAAACUCGAAGAAGAAACCGCUGCGACCUCCCAGAAAACGAGAAAACAAGAAAGAAGAGAAAGACAAAGGCAAAAGCUGUGGUUACUGUGGAAAGACAGGAGCACACCCUCCAGGCCGAAACUGUCCUGCAUACGGACAACAGUGUUUAAAGAAGACAACAUUUAAC